GCUCCCGGUGCCCUCGGCGGCCGCAGGUUGCCGGCUGUCCGUGCCCACAGCGGAGCCCCGGCCGCGGGGCGGAGAGGGGCGGGGAGGGGGCGGCCCGGGCUGGGAUCCGGCGCCGGCGGCGGAGGGGCGGGAGCGGUGCGGAGCGGAGCGGAGGCAGCGCCGUGUCCCGCAGCCCUCAUGGAGAAAUGCAGAGCUCUCGAGCAGCUGCUCAAUGAACUUGAAGAUUUUCUGAGGAUCCUGGACAAGGAGAACUUGAGCAGCACUGCUCUUGUGAAGAAGAGCUUCCUCUCCGACCUGCUGCGGGUGUACACCAAGACCAGCGGUGGCGAUGAAGAAUAUAUUUACAUGAACAAAGUGACUGUCAACAAACAGCAGGGUGACCAGGAGAAACAAGACAAAGCACUGGAUGGGAGAACCUCCUUGACCAAUGGAGACUUGGGACUGCAUUCAUCCCCUCCUCAGAAGAGCCUGCCGGAGCUGCCCCCUCCGAAGAUUCCUGAAACAAAACAACCUUUGGUCCCCAAGAUCGAAUCCCCAGAAGGAUACUAUGAAGAGGCCGAGCCCUGUGAUGUCUCUCUAAAUGGUCUUUUUGGUAGGCUUGCUGCGGCUGGACCCAGGCCAGUGUUGCAGGUUACUGAGGGUGUUAUUUAUGCCACAAUAACGAUGGAAGAUGGUGAAGCCGUCAGUAGCUCCUAUGAAUCUUACGAUGAAGAAGAGAGCAGCAAAGGCAAGUCAGCAACCCACCAGUGGCCAUCCACAGAGGCCACCAUCGAGCUGAUGAAGGAUGCCCGUAUCUGUGCAUUCCUGUGGAGAAAGAAGUGGCUGGGACAGUGGGCGAAACAGCUGUGUGUCAUCAAGGACACCAGGCUGCUGUGCUACAAGAGCUCCAAAGACCACAACCCUCAGCUGGAUGUAAAUUUGCUGGGCUGCACUGUCAUUCACAAGGAAAAGCAAGUGAGGAAGAAAGAGCACAAGCUGAAGAUCAUCCCCAUGAACGCUGAUGUCAUCGUGCUGGGGCUGCAGAGUAAAGACCAGGCAGAGCAGUGGCUCAGGGUAAUCCAGGAGACCAGUGGUCUGCAGUGCGAAGGAGGCAGUGAAGGCAACCAGUACAUCCCAGACUCACAGCGCCUCACUUACCCAAAGGUGGAGCUCUCCGAGAGGUACUCUGCAGCCUCAGAGAGUGGGAGCAGCACUGAUGGGCACCCAGAGACGGCUGAGACAAAAGAUGUUAAGAAGAAAGGGACAACUGGCCUAAUACUGAGCAACCUGAUGAACCUUGGGAGGAAAAAAUCCAGCUCCAUGGAUAGCCCAGAGAGAUCCCUGGAGACCUCAAGUUACCUGAACGUGCUUGUGAACAGCCAGUGGAAGUCCCGCUGGUGCCAGAUAAAAGAUGGUCACCUCCAUUUCUACCAGGACAAGAACCGAAGCAAACUGGCUCAGCAGCCCCUGAGUUUGGCGGGUUGUGAAAUUAUCCCAGACCCAAGCCCUGAUCAUCUCUAUUCCUUCCGCAUCCUGCACAACGGGGAAGAACGGGUCAUUCUGGAGGCAAAGUCCUCGGAGGAAAUGGGCCACUGGCUGGGCCUCCUCUUAUCUGAGUCAGGCUCGAAAACAGACCCGGAGGAAUUUACCUAUGAUUACGUGGAUGCUGACAGAGUCUCCUGCAUCGUGAGCGCUGCGAAGAACUCUUUGUUCCUCAUGCAGAGGAAAUACUCCGAGCCCAACGCCUACAUCGACAACCUGCCCAAGGGAAGGAUGCCACAGGAGGAGCUGUACGACGACGUGGACCUGCCAGACAUGCCCGAGGGAGAAGUACCCAAGAGUGAGAGCAAAGUGGAGGGAGACCAAGACAGGGUGUACCUGGAUCUCACCCCGGUGAAGUCCUUCCUGCACUGCGCUGGCAAGAAGUCGUGCCAGACUUCACCCCUGAGCUCGCCGUCUCUAGAGAGGGCUGGCAUCAAGGCUGCCCCCGACAGCGCAGAUGAGACAACCCCAGUGGCUAAGGACACUGCUGAGCCCUGUGGAAAGGUGAUGGAGACCUCAGAGCAGAAACAACCGGAGAAGCCGGAGGCUGAAGAGCCGCCGCCCCAGACGCCCCCCGUCAAAGCCCAGGCGCAGCAGCAGAACGUCGCCUUCCCGCAGAUGGCCCCCGAGGUACCCGUGGGCUCAGCGGCGGUGGUGGGCAGCCCGCAGCUGGCACCUGCACACCGGCCCAAGCUGCCCCUGCCUGUGGCAGCAGUGGAAACCAAGCUGGGCAAGAACAGGACAGAGGCAGAGGUGAAGCGGUUUACGGAGGAGAAGGAGCGGCUGGAGAAAGAGAAGGAGGAAAUCCGAGCUCAGCUCACCCAGCUGCGCAAGGAGAGGCGGGAGCUGAAGGAGAUGCUUGUGGGCUGCACAGACAAGAGCCUGGAGCAGAAGCUGAAGGAGAUAGAAGAAGAAUGCAAGAAAAAGGAGAGCCGAAGGGUGGAUGUGGAGCUGAACUUGGUGGAGGUGAAGGAGAACCUGAAGAAGGCAGAAUCCGGCCCCGUGACGCUGGGCACCACAGUGGACACCACGCACCUGGAGAACGCAGCACCCCGGAUUCAAACAAAAACUGCCAGUCCAGGAAACAGCGCAGAGAACUCACCAGUCAACUCAGCAACGGCUUUGAAAAACAGGCCUUUGUCCGUCAUGGUGACAGGGAAGGGGACAGUCCUACAGAAAGCUAAGGAAUGGGAGAAGAAGGGCGCUAGUUAGAAGGAUGUUCUUCAGAGAUGGACUAAAGACUGGAAUUACCCAGGCAUGGACAAGGGGAUUCAAUCACCUGUAGGUGGAGGUUGGGUGUGCAACACAACCCACACCACGCGCCUCAGAUGCAGCAGUGGAGCCAACGGCUGCCAAUACCAAUUAGCCCAAACGAUCUUGCUCUUUCCAGACAAGUCCCAUCACGUAGCUAAAACAAUAACAACCAGUGGCAAUCCUUGCAUCAGAUUCCUAACCCAGUCGAUGUAAACAAGAAUGUUACUGUACAUAGGGGUGUUUUGUCUAUUUCUACUCUGAAGGUUUAUCAAUGAGUUAUUAAGGUUUCUAUAUUAGUGGCAGUAGUGGGGUCAGGACAGGCCUCUGCUAUUCUUUAUACCCCAGUGGUUUUUGGCCUGUUACAGCAAAUCCCAAUCAGCUAAAGUCUUACCUCUUGCUGCUGGUCGUCACUCAGCUGCAGAUCAUCCAGCCUUCAGCCUGGGGAGGUAGCCAGGCCUGAGCGAUGGCUGAGACACGGAUGAGAAGCACACACCAGCAGGAAGGAUCCUCUCAGCAUAACAGGGAACUAACUCUAUCUACACCUGCAGCAGAGAUUUUCAGUGACCAGAUGCAUCACACCAUGGCCUUCUUCCUACCAGCCUGCAGCAGGGUUGAUUUGCCACAAUACGGAGGAAGAUCCCUGCUCACCUUCUUGUGCUGUGUUACAGCCUGGUGGCACCAAGGGCUCUGGGCAAAGAAGCUCUCUCAGACCAUGUCCAGAGGAGUUUGUUCUGGG